AGAAAGAAACGUCAAUGAUUUAAAUUCUAGCUCGCCGUGUUGACAGGGAGAGAAGAAAGCUGCACAGUUAAGCUAGCUUCCAUUCGGUUUGAUCGUUCUCUCUGAACAACCCCAGCCAUGGGAGGAGGAAAUGGACAGAAGGCCAAGAUGGCUCGUGAGAGAAACAUGGAGAAAAAUAAACCUGCCAAAGGUAGCCAGUUAGAGGCCAACAAGAAGGCCAUGAACAUCCAGUGCAAGGGGUGCAUGCAGACAUUCAUAUGUACCACAUCGGAAGUUAAGUGUCGAGAACAUGCUGAAGCCAAGCAUCCCAAGGCUCAUCUCUACACUUGCUUUCCGCAUCUUAAAAACUGACUACUUAUUAUAUUACAUUGCAAAACCAUAACUUGUACUUGUGGAUGCACAUUUCAUUGUAAAACCACUCUAUUUAAUACUGAUAUAUGAAACUAUCUAUCAAAAAGUCCUCAAAUGUUACCUUCGGAAGUUGAUUUGGGAUUAUGAUUAUGAUUAUGAUUAUGAAUGAGUUUGAUUCCCUUA